AUGUAAGUUGAUCAAAACUAGCACUUUCAAUCAGAAAUGACUCCGGCUCCCAACGAUGACUUACUGUCUUAGGUGGUUUAUCCGCCAACACGUGAUUAAUCGAUGUAAGUAGGAUCACCCAAUUCAAAAGUAACUCCUCCUUAAUAAAUUGUUCAACAUGUUCCUUUUCGACGACAGCCAAAACCAGAGAAACCUGUUAAUAAUCCCUAAUUGAAUCAAAUCAGUAACUUUUUCGAUUAUGAUUGUAGUCUAACAAAUAGAUUCGAAUCACCCAAGCAUUAUAACAUGCGGUUAUUGUUAACGCUAAGUCCAAACGGUUAUAAAGUAUGAACCAGGCGCAGGAACAUACCUAAUAGGAGGUUUAUUGGCAAUUGUAGGUCUUUGGUUUGGGUAUGUAUAAAAUUAAAUUUAAAGCUGCUGUUUAAUACCUUGCUUUAUAGAUGAUUGCAAAGAUGUACUUCAUUUUUGUCCUUCAUGUUAAGGCAAAAUUGCAAAGAAGAGAUUUAUUUUUGAUUGA